GCGUCACGCGCAAAGCCUGAAGUUUAUUCAUGUCCGUACAAAGCCGCAACUUCCUCCUCUUAUUGAUGUGCACGAGGAAAGGCCACUAGCCUCAUACGUCGGUUAUUUCUAUCCAAUUUUUCCAUCAAGCAACAAUUUCCAGUUUCUACUCUCGCGGAGCUUACCCCCAUCAUCCGGACCUGAGUCUCUUUCGCACACUCAGAUCCCUGAAUACGCGUCGAAGGCGAGGCACGCACAAUUCUCAGUCGCCGAACCCAUCGUGUCCAUGUUGGGAGUUCUUUCAGGUGACGCCCAUUAAGUCACUCCCCCGUGGUGGUUUUAUCAGGCUCAUUUUGACACUGGUUUACUGGUAACCGCCCGCGACAGGGUUGGGGUUAGGGUCGGCUUCCAGGCUGCCCAACCUGUCUGUCGGGAUGCCGUUAUGGCGGCCCCUGUGGUGUACGAAGGAGUAAACGGGAAAUACGAGGGCACCUUAUUCAACGGCAUCAAGUUCUGGGUUUCCCAGCGCGUGCCCACUCGGAGUGAGAUAGUGGGAAAAAUCAAGGACAAUGGCGGCAAGGUUGUGCUCCUGGAGAAGCACGCCGACGUCUUGAUUGAUGACCAUGCUCGGAAAGGGUGCCCCCCUGGGUCUGUGUCUUGGAAGUACAUCAACCAGUCGGUGGCCAACGGAGAGCUCGCCAACGUCGAGGAAUACCGGAUCCAUGAGUCGACGAACCCAACGAGGGCUAUCAAGGCGCCAUAUACCAAGGAAGACGAGCAGAUACUCGUCACUUGGGUGCGGAGAGCAGGCAAGAAUGCCAGUGGCAACGCAAUCUACAUGGAUCUUGCCAAACGGUAUCCACAACACUCCUGGCAGUCAUGGCGGGACAAAUGGCUCAAGCACUUGUCCCUCCUUCCGCAGAACCAACUGCCACCAGUGCUGGCGGAGCUGCCGCCUCCUCGGACACGAUUAGGUAGUGCGCCCGAGGUCGCACCCGCCGCUGCCGCAUCGCGACCCAAGCCAGCACCACCGAAGACGCGAGCCGAGGCGACCUCCGGACCGGCCCGCGAGCCCAAGAGGAGGAUCCCCUUCACCGAAGAGGACGACAGGCUCUUGACCGAGUAUGUGAAGCAACGCGCUGGCGCAAGCAGGAAAUGGAGUAGCAACAAGAUAUAUCAAGACUUUGAGGAGCAUCACCCGCACCACAGCUGGCAUUCAUGGCGUGAUCGAUGGCUCCGACAUCUCUCGCUAAGAGACAACCAAGACGUGGCGGCCUCUGAACGCGGCCAGCAACCAUGCAAACCGCCAGCAACUAAGGCUCCUCCAGCCCAGCUCUCUCGAUCCGCACUUCUAGCGAGAUUAUCGCCACCAGCAAAGUCCCUGCCGGCCAGACCACAACCCCCGAGAUUACCACCAAAACCCCCGCUUCAUCAGCGAGCUCACCUUGCACGACCACCCCCUACAGCGCCUCCAAUAUCUCCCACGGGCCCAAGCGGGAAUGGCCAAGGGAUGACCAGGCUACAGGAUCUGGCGCACAAGAGGAGACUGAUCGAAGCCGCGAGGACAAUCCAACCGGCCGUGAAAGGAUGGCUAUUACGGAGGAAUCUCCGGCGAGCGGAAGUGCGCAUCGCGAAGUUCCAGGCGCGAGCGCUGGGGUUCUUGGUACGCCAGGCCGUCCACUUGACGGAGGUUGCACCCGGCCCGGGGGCUACGGCCUCGUUCGCUACAGUCAUGCCAGCGCCCUCCGAGCAUGACGUACUGGAUCCGGAGGAAGAAGUGGAGGAACUCGUGCCUAAGGAGACUGAAUCUGACAUGGUUCCUGGGGGUGGGGACGAGGGGUCUGCCUAUCCGCAGGACGAUGGUGUGGGCCGUACGCAGUAUCACACGACUUCAGCCUUCCAGGGAACACCUGUGCCGGAAGAGCCUGGAUCGGCCAUCGAUGAGGAUGAUGAUGUGGGUGAGGAGUUUGCACCCUCGCUGGCCGACAGUGUCGACCGUAGCAACUCUCACCCCCCCCCGAUCUCUCAUAGACACACGCCCAUCUCACCCAAGGAACAGUUCUGGCGUGACUUCAAUGCGUUCAACGAGAUUAAUGGUCUUAUGCCCGGCCCCUGGGUGCAGAUCAAGCAUCAUGUGGUCGACUUUUGGGACUUGUGGCGGUGUGCGACGGCCGAGGCGCAUUUUGAUCGCAACUGGGGCAUCGUCGCUGAGAGGCUGGGCUUUGACUGGGUGGCGGAACCGCAUGUGCCUGGUGAGUUGAAGGCUGCGUUUGAGAAGCAUUUGUUGGAGUUUGAGACUUUGGUGAGGGAAUUCGAGAGGCAAAAAGAGGAGGAGCCCGAACAAGGGGAAGAAAAUGAAGAUGGUGAGGAAGAUGAAGAGGGAGCGAAAGCAGAGGAGGCAAUUGAGGAGGACGUCAAAGAGGUUGAGCAGGAGCAGAUGGGCCGACUGGCUGCGCCGCAAACAGCCGACGUCGACUUCGCGUCGUCGCCCCCUAUUCUUGGGUUGAAGAGGGCUAGGAGGUCGUCAGCCGUCUUAUCUUCAGGUUCGGUCAGGAAAAGGCCACGAUACGACCUGAGCAGUGAGAUUCCUGAAACGCCGCAGACUCGUCCUGAGCGAGCUGGGGAAGGGGUUGCGGCGGCCCGAGCGGCAGCUGCCGGCCAGCAAACCCCCAGCAGGCGCCCCCGGGUUGUGCAGCAUACCGAAAGACAUGCUGAUAAUACAGCCCUCACCGAGUCUGAAGUGCAAGACGACGACCUUCUUACUUCCUCACAGCAACUGCGGUCGGAAAUCGAGGCGGUUCCUUCCGUUCAGGAUGCAUCUCAACAUCUUCCGAGGGCUCCAUCCUCUCCCGACCGACCUCUACCAUCGGUGGAACGUGAUGGCGACAGAACCUCCAACUCAAGCGAUGCCUUCGAAUCUGCCAGCAAGGUCCGCGCUUGGGAUCCAGCAAACCUAGGACGGCGAAGAAGAGUCCUUGAACUUGAGGAAAUCUUCCGAAGUCGAACACCAUCCCAUGCCAAAGACAACGGUAAAGACAAAAAGCCAGCCAUCAACACCCCCGAGCAGCCCGCGAGGGCCUUAACAACAACAACCACCACAGCCCAAGCCCAGCCGUCCUCCGCGAUCCACGUCCGUACGUCCGCCAUCAGCGCUUACUUGGGCCCUCCACCAGCCUCAUCCUCAUCCAAUCCCCCUCCCACUUCCGCAACACUAAGAAGGCCACCGCCCAUCGACCCGGCCACGUCAAUGACGCACUUCAUCUCCCAAGGAUAUCCGCCCCACCUGGUCGUACGUGCUGUUAAGGCCACCACGGACCGGCAGUCCGAGAUGAGUAUCGCGCUGGCCAACACGCGGAUCGUGCUGGACAGUCUUGUGCAGGGCCGCGGGAUACCCAAGGACAUGGCUCGGGUGUGGACCGAGGAGGAGGAUAGGUUGCUGAGGGAUAUCGGGGCGCUGGUGGAUGGACUGCGGGGGAAGCUGCCGGAUAGAGCGGAUCGGCGGCCGUUUGGGGACGGGGACGGGAUGCGGGUACUUUGGAGGCUGGUGGCGAAGCAUGGCGCAGAGGGAAUGUUUGAUAGGAGGGAGUUUCUGAGGGUUUGGGAUCAGGUGUAG